UCUGUCUAAAGGACAUAAUUGAAGUGAUUUCAAUAAUGGACAAGUUGGAAAGUGCGCACGAAGGGCAGCAUGUCUUUCUAACGAAAGACAUCCAAAUUGUAAUAUUGAAAAGGAAUGAUUAGAUGAACAUGGAAGCCGAUUCUCCACCUGUGGAACCAGAGUUAUCCAUCGUAAUUACCGAGGAAACUGCUACCGCCGGUGAAAAGGAUGGUGUCACCAAGCCCGUAGAAGAAUGUCAAGAAGAAACCGAAGCUGACAAUACCAUACACGGUUUCAACACAUCCAAUAUAACUGUUAUCGAAAAAGUAACAGAAGUCUGCCCUGAAACCGUCAAAAAAAUUCCGCAAUGUGAAGGUAGUGAUAGUGGUGUAGAGGUAGUGGAAAAUUUAGAACCUUGUUUGUUCCAACGUAAUCUUAGUUCCAAUAGUGGUACCUCCCAAGAUUUUGACAAUCUCAAUUGUGCACAAUCCUGUGAUUCCUCGAUAAUAAGUUGUUGUUCGAACUACGACGAAGCUUACAAUCUGCUAGUACGAAAAAAUUCGAAUCUUCUCGAAGAUUAUAGAAGGCACGAAGAUGUUACGAGUGAAAACGGCAGUGAAAGUUCUUCCAUUAGCGGUUCCAACUUCAGGGCAAAUAGGCGGACCUCUCUGAAUAGCACAAAAAAAAAAGUUUCAAUACCAGAUUCAAAAACGAAACCUCCCACAAAAGAUAGAUCUCGAUCUAAACCUCCUGUGAAUCCCAAGAAUCCGAACGGCAUAGUUAGAUUAAAAUCUAUCGACAGGUUACAAACCAAACCAACCCAGAGUACAAAAUCCAACUGCCAAAGAGGUAAAACAACUCCUACGAAUUUAGAUUUGCUCAGUUGUCCCAAAAAAGAAACGAUAAGGCCUUCAUCGGCUACCACACGCACCCCUUCCAAUUCUCGCACCCCUUCGACUACCCCGACAGAUGAUGGUAGGUGGCCUUCUGUGAACAGCAAACCAGCACCUCUCAUGUCAAGGUCUUUAAAGGGCCAGCUUGACUCCCCCAAACAAAAGAUAUCUCAAUUAGAUGCUAAAACUAUAGAAAAAUAUGCAACACUUCCUAGGCAAAAGAAAGAGAAAAAAUCUGAAAAUGUCAAAGAUGUGAAAAAGAACUCUAGCAGAGAAAACACUUUGCACCGUAUGGCCUUAAAUAAAAAAAGCUCAAGAGACAAUACUCCAUCCAAAAUGACCAAUUCCAUAUUUCUAUCUAAGAAUAAGCAAAAGAUAAAAAUAUACCACGAAUGUUGCAUUCAAACAGCUCUAACUAUGACGGAUGUUGAGAAUGCUUUAUCGGGAGUAAUGAUCAACCCCAAGAGUCCGAAAGACUCCGAAAAAUGUGAUAGAGAUGUUCAAGCAGAUCUGAUGACCAGGGAAAUGGAGAACCUUCAAGAGAAGUUGAGCCAACUAAAUGAAAAAUACGAAUCUCUACAAAACGAACAUAAACUACAGACUGAAAAACUCAACGAGACUGAAUUAAAAUUAAGAGACGAAAUUAUCCAGAAGGAAGGUUUACAACAAGAACUCCAAAUUAACUCGCAGAGAGUAUUGGCCAUUCUGGGAGGAGAUGGAGAAGUAAAUUUAGGGUCAGAUAACAAUUCCAGCGAUAGUCUAUUGGUAUUAGAAACUCGAUUUCAAAAUGUUGGACAAGUUGUUAUCAAACAGGAAGAAGAAAUUUCGAAAUUGAAUACACUCUGUAGAGCCCUUCAGAUGGAAUUGGAGAGAAGCAUGGCCUCGCAAAGAAUAUUACUGCAGCAGCACAAAGAUCUGGAAAUGGAAAGUAUGGAGUUGCAAGAGUUCAUGCAGGCCGAAAAAAUGACAUUACACGAUGCCCUGAAGGAGUCUGAAGCUGAGCUAAAAAGGCAACAACUUGUAAUUCAGCAGAAAGAUAAAGAUAUAGCAGAGAAGCAAGAUGAAUAUAGACAUAUGGUAAGAUUGAAUGAACAGAAGAGGCAAGAAAACUUGAAUUUGAAGGCACAUUUAGCCCUGUUGGAAUCGAAAAGUAGGGAUCUCCUAGUUCACCAAGGUAGCGCUGUAUCUGGAGCAGCGGUUGCUUUAUCAUCUCUUAUUGCAAGGUUGGAUGGUCUUGUAGAUGAAUUAGUUGUAGCAUACAAUAUUUCGGAUCAAGAAUUAGAGGACGUUAUUUUCCAUAAUGAAGCUUACAAGAAUAGCAGUAGUAGUCCAGAAUCAACACCCGAGAAGUCUAGAAAAUUGUUCAUAGAUAAAUCUCCAUCACCUGCUAAAGGCUCCUCUUUUGUGUCAGCUGUUAUAAAUGCCAUAAAAAGUGCGGCGCAAUCGCCGUUUGCCAUCAGAGAUGUCAGCAAAGAUACAUUAUCUACCGACCAUUCAAGUUCGAACGAAAUGCUCGACUCAGAAACCGAACCCUGCCUCAUGAUGGAACACGUAUUAGAAGACGUUGUUAUACCCGACGGCCAUUCCCAAAAUCUAGUGUCUUCUGGUCAUGGAAGUAUGAUGAGUUCUCGUUUGACACACAGUGAAAGCCUCACAGACCUAUCCAAUGCUAUUUACAAUAGACAAAUGUCAGAACCCACUAGCGUGAGUUUAUAUGGCAGUAUGACUACUUCCUUUACAUGUGAUUUGGCGUCGUUAAGUGAAAUGUUUCCAUCUGUCUCUCUCGUGGAUCAAGUCAUCGACGUCGAUAACCUGAUAACAAGACUAUUGAAAGUUAUUAGAAUAAUUCAACUCGAGAACGAAGACUGCAUGAAUGAGUUACAGGAACACAAGGACACCUUAUCCGAACAAGUCGAUAAGCAAAAGGAAACCAACAAGGUUGUGGUUAAACAGUUGAAAGAUUGGGAAAUACUCGGGGCAAGACUGAAAACAGAAGUAAAGGAUCUUUUGGCUCAAGUGAGCAAGAAAAAUGCCGAAAUGGACAGUCUCAAAACUGAGUUGAACAAGCAGAGGGAGGAGGUCGAGAAAUUGAAUCAGGACGUUUGUGAACUGUCCACUGCAUUGUCCAAAGCAGAGUUAGAUAAUAAAAUGAAAGAGGAAUCUGUUGCGGAAGAAAUGAAAAAGUGGGAAAAAACUGGAGAACUUCCAUCGCCCGAUAUUUUGGGUAGACUUGUAUCAGCCAAUAAUGAGAUACCAAUUCUAAAAGAGAAGUUAUCUGAAAAGGAGAAACAUCUUAAGGAAUUGACUCAGGAAUUUUUGACCAGCCGACAGGUUCUGUCAGAAAGCUUGAAGGAGGCCCUCAAUGAAUCGAAGAAACAAUAUGAUGCAAUUGAUUGUGCAUUAGAGGUACUGCAGAGCAUUCAACCUGUAGUUCAACAGUGUGCGUCUCUCGGAAAACUGCAGAGGGAUUUAGAAGAAAUUAGCUUUCAGAGUGCAUCGUCAGUACCUUUGGUACCUUCGGAUUUUAAUGCUAAUGCAGCCUUGUUGCAGGCUGUGGCUGGCUUAGAAAUAACAUCCGCUAUUAAUUCAACUGCCUGAGUAUGGUACAUGAAAACGUUGUUUUUGAUAGGUUAAUGUUUGUAGUGUCACGCAGUUGUUUAAAAGGUUUGUGAAAAAUACAGGGUGAGCUAACUAUAAGCAACACCAUCCCCAACAGAGUUUUAAUCACCAUAAAACUGAAUGUUUACUUUAAUUUUCGUUUUUUAAGUAACAUAUUUCAUAUUUCAUUAUUUUCAUAUUUUAGCAAUUGAAUCAAAAUUAUGAAAAAAAUUGUUUAUACUUCUGUUAUUUGUUGAAUUGUUUUAUUUACACAUUUUUCUCAUAGAUUGUGAAUUAGGGUUGUGAAAAAUUGCCAUUCAAUUUGUAGCAUGUAUUUUAAGCGUUAUCUAAAUUUAACAUCUUGAUAAUCAUAAAAGGCUGAAUAAUGCCAUUUACUGCUUCCACGUCCAAAGGAACUAAGAAUAUUUCAUUUUGAUGGUAUUAUUUUAUACUGAGCAAUUUUAUAUUUAACAUUUUUUACAAUAAUCAUCAGUUCUACAGGUUAAAAUUUCAUUUUUUUGGAUAUUCAAUAAUGUAAACCGCACACUUAAAUUCCGCGAAAGGAAAAUUUGAAUGUAACAAUAUGAGUGGUGCAUUGACAAAAUUCGUAUUUUUCUGAAUGUAUUAUAUUGCCAUUAUUGUAAAUAAAUUUAUUUAUUAAGUA